CCACGACAAAUACAAGAACAAGUUACCACAACUGACAAAAUGGCGGCUUCCAUACACAUGUGAGAAGAGAUUAUUGACAGACGACCUCUAGUAUUCAACCAUAGAAAAAUAUAAGAAUUGAGAUUGAUAUUUUAAAAGAGGAUAAAUAUGGCCAAAAAGAAGAAAAACCUUGCGGAUAAAACAAGGAAUAAAAAGCGAGAUCCAGAAAAGAAAGUUAAUCCAUUUGAGAUCAAGAUAAAUCGACAGAAACAAAAAGUAAUGGGCCGUAAAGUAUCCAAGCACGACAGAGGGAUGCCAGGGCUAUCAAGAUCUAAAGGAAUCCAAAAGAGAAAAGCCACAUUACUUCAGGAAUAUAACCAAAGGUUCAAAAGCAAUAAAUUUAUUGACAAAAGGUUUGGUGAGAAUGACACCUCACUCAGUGUAGAGGAGAAAAUGAUGAAGAGAUUUGCCAUGGAAAGAGCAAAGGAGAAAACAAACAAGUUCAGCCUGAAUGAAGACGAAGAUGACCUGACCCACUUUGGCCAGUCUCUCUCCUCUAUUGAGAAGUUUGAGGAGCCACUCGUCAGUGAAGAUGAAGAAGAUGGUGGCAGGAUUGAUGCUGAUAUGGUGGCAAAGGAACACUUUGGUGGCUUUAUGACAAACAGUAACCAUGAAGAGUUAGGUGGACAGAAACAAAAAAGCUGGAAAGAGAGAAUGGAAGAAAUAAUUGCCAAGUCUAAAAAGGAAAAGUAUGAACGUCAAGCAGAGAAAGAGAAAACAAGGGAACUGACAGAAAAGUUGGAUGCUGAAUGGAAAGAUGUUAUGAAGCUGAUGUCUGGAUCAGACAAGAGAGGCCCUGAGGAUAAUUUCCCAAGUAAAGCAGAUGAUUUUGACAUUGCAGUGAGGGAACUCAAGUUUGAAAUGAAGGGCAAGGCGACAGACAAACUGAAAUCUGAGGAAGAACUGGCAAAGGAAGAGAAAGAAAGACUAGACAAACUUGAGGCUGACCGUCACAGAAGGAUGAAGGGAAUAGCAGUUGAAGAGGAGGAAGAGAAGAAGAGGGUUCAUUUCUCUGCUGAUGAUUUCAAUGACAAUUUUUCAGUGGAUAUUCAACCUCGAUUCCAUGCAGUGUUCAAAGAUGGAAAAAUGAAGAUGAAUGGAGACGAGAGUGAAGAUGAAAAUGAUGAAGAAGAAGAAAGUGAGGAUGACGAGGAUAAAGAAGAUGAUGAUGGUGAUGAUGAUGAUGAAGAAGAGAGUGAAGAGGAGGAAGAUGGUGAGGAGAGUGAAAAAGAUGAAGAUGAUGUCGAAGGAAAUGACAAUGAAGAGGACAAUGAAGGUUCUGAUGAUGAUUCUGAUGAUGACAGUUACAAAGACAUUGAGUCAGAAAAUGAAGGAGAUUCGGACAGUGAGAAACCGACAGUCAGCCAACCCAAAAAAUCAACACUAGACCUCAAGGAAAGGAAGAAAGUCAUGGAUGAGGCACGGAAGGAGCUUCCUUACACUUUCCCAGCACCCAAAGAUUACGAUGAGUUGCUGGACUUGUUACAAGAGCACAAUGAGAAAGAUCAGCUGACCAUUAUAACCCGACUCAGGAAAUGUCACCACGUCAGCCUGGCAGAGGGAAACAAACAGAAACUAGAGACCCUGUUCUCCUGCCUGGUCCAGUACUUCGCUGACCUGGCCCUCCAACAGCCCCCACAGCUCCAGCUGAUGGACAAGCUGGUGCCCCACCUGUACGAGCUGUGUCAGGGGUCCCAGGUGUCCGCCGCCCAGGUGUUAGUGGACCAGAUCACGGAGAGGCAGCAGGAGUUCCAGGCCAUCUGUGAUAGCAGGAAAGGGAGAGGACUCUAUCCUGCCCUAGAUACUUUGAUGCUUUUGAAACUUGUUGCCAUAUUAUUUCCUACUUCUGAUUUCCGCCAUGCAGUCACUACUCCAGCUAUCAUCUUCAUUGCUCAGAUGCUGGCAGAGACCUCCGUUAAACAUGAGCGGGAUGUGGCAGUCGGUCUCUUCCUCUGUACGCUGGUGUUGGAAUAUGUGUCAUUGUCUAAAAGAUUUGUGCCAGAGUGUGUGAACUUUUUACAUGGACUUCUGUUCCUGGCAUCAAAGAAAGACCCCAACAAAUAUGCCUCAGUUAUUCCUCCAUUUAGGCCAGUCGGAAAAUUCAAUGACCUUCUGGUGGUUUCAAAGACAAACAAAAAAGCAGAUGUCAAGAUGUUAAAAAUGUCUAAAGUGUUGAAUGUGGAAAUGGAUAUAGAUGAACUACGAAAUGAUGACUUCAGGUUAUCUGUGAUAAAAGGCUGUGUGGCUCUGUUGUCGGAGUUCCAGACUCUGUACCAGGAACUACCCAGCUACAGAGAAAUCUUCUCCCACAUCCUAGACAUGAUGGACAAGUUACCAGUCAAUAAAUACCCCCUCACACUACAGGAAUCGAUAAAAGAUCUUCAGAAAACCUUAAAAGAAAGGAGUAGCAAAUCUCGAAUGCAAGUCAGUAUGCCACAUAGUAAACCCAAACCCCUGAAGAUGUUUGAACCCAAGAUAGAGGAAGUGUUUGAGGACAGAAAGAAAAAGAAAGCAGCAUCAAAGGAGGAAAAUGAGAAAGGGAAAAUGAAGCACAAAUACAAGAAGGAGCUGAAGGGAGCCAUUAGAGAGAUCAGGAAAGACACGCAGUUCUUGGCUCGAGAGCAGCUCAAUGAACAGAUGGAAAAAGAUGCAGAGAGAAAAAGAAAAGUCAAAGAACUUUAUGGCAUGCUGGCUACACAAGAAGGGGAUUAUAAAGCAUCUAAAAGGACUAAAAAGAAUAACAACCCAUUCUAAAGAACCCAUCAUCAUCAUCAGCUGGAUCUGUAUUUCCUCUUCAUGAAUUCUGUUGUUACUGUUAUCUAUGAUGUGAAUACAACAUGUAUGGUUUAAUACAUAUAAAGUGCAAUUAUUUUGGAAAAGAAAAAAGAAGCCCAUUAGGGUACUUGAAAACAUUAGUGUACAUAACAAUAACCAUGUUAUUAAUUUGCUGUCUAAUAUAAGAAAUAAAUUUUCCAUCAUAAAA